ACAAGUGACCUCUGUGACUUCUCUUACUUUUCGAGAUGAGUCAUAGCAGGCUGACGCCCAAGCUCUCUGCUCAGUCCCCUGUCCAUCAUCCCAAGCGAAACCUCCCUUCCUCGGACCCACCUCUGAAGAAUGAAGACUUACACCUGUCGAAAGACUCCCUGGAAUCUGACAGCCUUGCUCCAGAGAUGCAAUCCGUUUCUGAACAGGGCAAUGACGUGGAACCUGACAGUCUAGAGGAGGGUAGCCCUGAUUCCGACAGCCUGAGUGAGACACAGGACGAAGCAGGCAGAAAAAGGGUGGAGACGGCCAGGCAGGAGGACCUGGGUUCCUGGGAUAGUGCUGCGAAGGCCAGCCAACAACCAAUGAAAGAGAAAUAUUCAGACCUCCAAUAUGACCCAAACUGGAGUAAGAAACAGGAAGAGCAGCAGUUGGCUUUGGGUGGGUUGUCGGUGUCAGCAGAGAGCUUGCUAGAACCCCUGCCUCUGGAUCCACUCUACCCUUACAAGGUGACCUCAGUGGAACUCCCAGGAGAGGAAGACGAGCAGGAAAGGACUCUGCAGAGCGCCACCUCGUUACUCGGGAGUGAAUUUUUAAGCACAAACUAUGAGCACAGCACGCCUAGCAGUGAGCCGUUUUCGGAGCUGAGCGACAGUGACCUGGAGGAGAAGUCAAGCAACCUGUCACAGUACGUGAAGAGUUCAAGUUCACACAAUGAGGUUUUCCUGUCGGAAUCACGUGGCCGUCGGCGAAAGAAGUCCAAACAAUAUUUUGUGGAGAAAAACAAGCUGACCCUGGGAUUGCCCACUCCUAAAACAGACUCUUAUCUUCAACUUCACAAUAGAAGAAAGGGAGAAACCCACCUGGAGCAGAUCUCUCAGCCAGCCAGGCUAACGGAGCAGACGCCUGUUCAGGAUGCAGAGGAGAUUGAACAUGCUUCCAUCGAUCCCGAAGACAAAUGGCAUCAAAGAGCACAACAGCUAAAGAAUUACCAGGAACACUAUUCUCAAUAUGAGAGUGCAAAACUGAGAAACACAGCCCAGGGUCCAUCUUCUGAAACAGAGAACAACCUGCGAACUUCUAGAAGAGCAGCCAAGGCCAAGAUUGGAAAGCAGCAUCGCCACCAGAAGAGCCUGAAGUCUCCGAUGCCUGAAAAGGUCACUGUCACUCAAGGAAACAAGAAUAACACUCCCAUGUGGCAACAAAACCCAAACCAGCCAAGUGAUGCUUCCGUAAGGCACGAAUCAGCCGUGAUUACGAAUACCCCUAACAAUAACCUACGAGACUCAAGUGCACUUAGGAGGCAGAAUCCCAAAGUAACCUCUGAUGCAUCUGCUCCAACAAAACAGACUUUUGACAGGGUAUUGUCCAAGAACCCUACUAGACAUCACUCAGGGCAGAAUGUUAAUAAAGAAAAAGGGCGCAGAGACCAAACAGAGAAAAGACCGUCACAUGAGCAGCUACACCUCAACACUCUUUCUAAUACGGACUUCAGCAACCUUGAUGAACUCUCUAAGAAUCAAAUGCACAUGACCCAGAGAGGUUCUCAGUCUGUUCAUACCAUAAAUGAUCAUGGAGCGACCAAAAAUAACAAACAACCCAAGCAACCUUAUACAGAGACAAGAUACAGGAACUUGGAAAUAUUAUGGAAAUUCCACUCACCCUCUGAUGGCCAGCCCGCAAGAGCUUCUCCGGACUCGCAGCUCACUCGGAUCAUGGCACAGCAUCAGCAAGCCCUGGUGCAGCUGACCGAGGUGCAGCCCCACGAGGUCUUCACCACCAUCACACUGCCGCCAAUCUUGUCAAGGGUGGAGAGCGAAUCCCGCCUCAGCUCCAAGAGAAGCCAGAGACUCCAAAUGAAAAUCAAUCGCAGCAAUUCUGAAGGCUACCUGCUUCAGCUGGAAAAGGGAAAGAGACACAGGAAGAGAAGCAGCAUUAAGAUGCAAAAAUUAAUGCAGCAAAAGGAAUACACCAGGCAAAUGAAGGAGUACAGCAUGAACACACUGUCCCUUUUGGCAAAACCACAGACAGCCAAAACAGAAAAUAAGCCUGUCAUCCCUCGGCAGAAGGCUUUGGAAUACGCUAAGACCAUUCCAAAACCCAAGCCGCCAAAUCCAACUGCUCGAACCGCAAAGGAGAAAAACGGCCCGACCUAUGCUGGAAAAGAAGCAAGUUUACCCGAAAUCUCCCUGCUGGAGAUGCUGCAGAGCAGACACGAAAGAGAGAAACAGGCCGUGGCCGCUUUCAAAGUCCUUCACAUCGUGUAA